AUGCUGAUUGAGAUAGUCGGUGGCGUGCUCGCCAACUCAUUGGCUGUCAUUACAGAUGCAGCGCACAUGUUGUCCGAUGUCGGCGGCUUCAUUGUGUCCUUGGUUGCGCUGCAGCUAUCCAAAAUGGAAGCAACCAAAGAAUACACGUAUGGCUACAAGCAGGCAGAAGUCCUUGGAGCGCUGUUGUCUGUGGCCAUCGUCUGGGCACUGACGGCGGUGCUGCUCUGGGAGGCGAUCCCAAGAUUUUUCAGGCCACAGCCGGUGAAUGGCCAGCUGAUGUUUAUCAUUGCAGCCAUUGGCUUCGGUGUGAAUCUGAUAUUGAUGAAGGUUCUCGGGCAUGGGCACUCGCAUGAUGACGAUCAUGGACAUUCGCAUGAAGACGAAAGCGUUGCUGUGCAAGCUGCCCUAGCUCAUGUCAUAGGAGACAUUGUUCAAUCGCUGGGCGUUUGCGUGGCAGCCUUGUGCAUUUGGUUUGAGCCGUUUGAUAUCGGAUCGACCCCGAUCCCAGAUGGCGAGGUCAGCAACUGGAUAUAUGCCGACCCACUCUGCACGUGUAUGUUUGGGGUCAUUGUGCUACACACCACGCGAUCAACCAUGGUGCGCACCGUGGAGACAUUGAUGGGUAAAGCACCGAACAGCAUCAACCAGAUUCUCGUUUUGAGUGUUCUUCAGUUGAUGCGCCUGACCAUCAAGGCGAUUGCGAUAGUCAAGCGAGCAGGAAUCGGACACAGCACUUUCCAGAUGGAGGCAAGACACGUCUUCAGUCGCCAAGUCAAAGCUUUGAAUACUUUCUUGGCACGACGCUGA